AGAGAAGGCCACCUCUUUCCCAGCCAUCUUCUGGCUUUAGCAGCUGCAGCCGCGCGUAAUCCGGCAGCAUCCAGCCUCACAGGGGCCAUCAUGCCCGGGCACUUGCAGGAAGGCUUCGGCUGUGUGGUCACCAACCGUUUCGACCAGCUAUUUGAUGACGAGUCCGACCCGUUCGAGGUGUUGAAGGCCGCCGAGAGCAAGAAGAAGGAGGCGGCGACGGCGGGCCCGGGCAAGAGCGCAGCUCAGGCCGCCAAACAGCCCCGCAAGGAGUCCCAGAAGGAGCGCAGGAACCCCCUGCCCGAUAAGAAGGAGGAAGCCCCGCCGCCCGUAGCCCUCAAGAAGGAAGGCAUCCGGAGGGUGGGCAGGAGACCCGAUCAGGCCCAGCAGCAGCCACCCCAGCAGCAAGCGCCAGCGGCCCCGCCAGCCCAACCAGGUGAAGGCAAGCCUGUCGACAGGAGGCAAGCAGAGAGGCGGCCACCCCGCGAGCGCCGCUUUGAUAAACCCACCGAGGAGAAGGGCGAAUCGGGAGAGUUCUCUGUGGACAGACCCAUGGUUGACAGGCCCGUCCGUGGACGCGGAGGGCCGGGCGGACGUGGCCGAGGCGGCCGCGGUCGUGGAUUGGGCAGAGGAGACGGCUUUGACUCUCGUGGCAAACGUGAAUUCGACCGGCACAGCGGCAGCGACAGAGCUUCUUCACAUUUCAGUGGCCCCAAGCAUGAGGAUAAGCGCGGCGGCAGCGGAUCUCACAACUGGGGCAACGUUAAGGACGAGCUGAGCGAGCUGGACCAGUCGGCUGUCACCGAGGAGACGCACGAAGCAGAGGAACAACCCGCUGUCGACACUGAAAACAAGGAGAAUGAGGCCGAAGAGGCUCCCAAGGAAGAGGGGCCGAAGGAAAUGACUCUGGACGAAUGGAAAGCCAUGCAGGACAAGGAACGCGCAAAGGUCGAAUUCAACAUCCGCAAACCAAACGAGGGCGCCGAUAGCCAAUGGAAGAAAGGAUUCGUCCUUCACAAGUCCAAGAGCGAGGAGGUAACGGUCGCUUCUGUAUUAGAAAGCCCGUAUCCGUGUUCACCGAAAGUACUAUAUAAGAAGAGCGGCCAGCCAGCAGAAGUGGUCCAUGCAGAGUCUGAUGCUUUUGACCAUCACUUCCGUAAGCCGGCGAACGACAUCACUUCCCAACUCGAGAUCAACUUCGGGGAUCUUGGCCGCCCCGGCCGGGGAGGCAGAGGAGGGCGCGGAGGCCGUGGCCGAGGCGGAAGGCCAAGCCGCGGAGGCAGAACUGACAAGUCGAGCGUUUCUGCCCCAGAUGUCGACGACCCCGAAGCUUUCCCAGCUCUGGCGUAAACGGGAUGAAGCGUCCGACCCGGGUGCCCUCGAGGCUCUCCUUCUAUGAGGCUUGCAUGCUUAAGGAUCCUAAAACAAAAAAAAAAACCAAGACUGUCUGUCAUACAUUCACACCUAUGGACUGAAUUUUAUCUGUUUUGAAAAUGGACUUCUCUCGCUACGCAGAAGCAAACCACAUGGUAGUCAAGUUUUGUAUUUAGAGAUGUUGGUAGCAGGGACAUUUUCAUAAUUUUUCAGAGAUUAUGCAUUCUUCAUGGAUACUUUUUUGUAUUGCUGCUUGAAAAUAUGCGUUUCCAAACUUGAAAUAUAGGUGUGAACCGUGUGUACCAGUUAAAGCUGUCACUUCAUCCGUGUUUUUAUUCUCCAUAGGAGUUUUGGGUCCCCCCCCUUUAUAAUUGGAUUGUUACUUGACUUGCUAAAAAUAGGAAACGCUGGUUUAAAUAUUUUCUUUAAAAUACCUUAUUUUGUAGAAUCUCGCUUUACUUGUAGAGAUGGCCUCUAACCCUUUAAGUACCGUGGGGGUGCAGAUCUCUUUGCCAUCCUCCACGUGGGGUUAAAUCAUUGAAUAUUUUAGUAGAACUCUUGUGGUUUGUGACCUUAAUUUUUAUGUCUAAAUUCUGACAUUGGCCAAUUUUAUUUUUCCAUCUUUUCCACCCACAAAUCCCUACCGCCCCUGGGAUCAUCCUAUAGAAACAGCUCGAGUUUAAUGUGUAACGCGUCGUCAAGCAGCUCUGCCGGAAAGUUCCACGAGCGGAACUCUGUUAAUGCAGUAACAUUUUAAUAUAUAUAUAUAUUCUUUUUAAAUUCCCGCCGAUAAAAUUCCUUCCAUGCGCCAAGCUUUAGGACGCUCGUAGGAUGCAACCUUGUAAGAAGUGAGGCUCGUAGUCGGAGUGCACCGGGGUUAAAUCGUCACGUCGGGUUUUCUUGAUCCAAAGGGAUAUCAGCAGUUUUUUCGGGGAAGUAAAACGCAGAACGAAUUCCGAAAGGAAAAUAACAUUUUCUUGUAAGUUUCCAGCUCGUGGCUUUCGAGUGCCGGCUGACAGAUGAAUGUUUUCAGCUUGCGGGGGGCUAUUUCAAGCUGCCCACCCAACCCCAUUUUAGGAUUUCUUUUUUUUUUUUUUACCACUUCAAAAUAAAAACACAAUAUGCGAAAAAAAAUCUCAAAUAAAAAAGGAAAAUUCAAAAAAAAAAACGUCUACAGUGUUUUAGGCUGAGAUACUCAUUUUAUUUAAUUUUCUAGGUUCAUAUCUGUGUAGGUCGUAAAAACAAAUACUAUUGCCCUAUUUUUAUAUAUAAAACAAAAAAGAAGUUGUGCAGGUCAGGCUGCAAUGUAUUUGUGACCUGUGGCGGGGUGUCAAGUUUUUUUUUAACCCUCCCGGUGGCAUCCAGCUUGAAAAAAAAAACAAAAAACCUUGGUUUGGGGGUUCUGCUGGAAUUUUUAUUUGAUUAUUAGCUUUAUUGAGAUUAUUUUUUGGAUUAAACUGACCGUAACGCUGCAGGCUUUGGCCGCCGUACCUCAAACGCGUCGCCUUUUAAUAACCUGUAAAAAAUCUCUAGCGAGGGCGAAUUUGGGGAGAAACGUAUUUCAUAAGAGGCCCCCCCCCGGCCCUCGGAUAUUCCAGCCAGAAUAUCAAAUCUUUACACCGCUUUAAACCUAAAACCAAAGCAAGUUUAAAUUUACAAAACCAAAUUCAAACAAAUUUUUUUUUAAAAACAUAAUUCAAUGUUCUGGCAUAUAAGAGGUUAAGGUUUUGGUACAAAAUUCCCACCCCAUUAAUAAACCUCUUUAAGUGGGCCGCGUUUGUUCUGCGGGAUAUCCGAGCGUCGGCUGCGAUUUGGAAUAUUUGGUCAGUCUGUAAAUUUCUGCCGUUUCCCUCCCGGUUGUAAAUUUGCCGCUUUUGAUCCAUUUCUGUGUGAAUUUAGAACUGUGAACAUCUGUCUGCUGGAUGCUUAAACAUUAAAGGUUAUCCUUCA